UUCACAUUCACCUGCUUUAGUCUCUCCCCAUUGAGGAAGGAAAAUGGCUGCUUCUUCUAACCACAAAAACAGCUUCCAUGCUCGCUCCAACAGUUUGCCCUCUAGAGAAAACCCAAUCAUCACCCAACUUGAUGAGCAUUUGAGCAGAUUGAGGGCUUCUGAAGAUGCCUCUACGUCAUCAUCCUUCAGCGGCAAACUAAGUAGACUUCAGGAUUUGCAUGACUGUGUCAGCAAGGUGCUUUUGUUACCACUCACCCAACAAGCCAUAGCCCAAGAGAACAAUGAGAAAUGGGUUGAUGAGCUAUUGGAUGGAUCUCUUCAGGUCCUGGAUUUGUGUAAUACUGCAAAGGAUUCCUUGUUGCAAACAAAAGAAUGCAUGCACGAACUUCAAUCCAUUUUACGCAGAAGAGGUUAUGGUGAAAUUGGUCUUACAAAUGAGGUUAAGAAAUACUUAGCCUCUAGGAAGGUAGGGAGAAGGGCAAUUCACAAGGCCUUGAAGGUUAUGCAAAACAAAUGCACCUUCGCCACCUUUAAUGGAGACCAUGAAACCACAACCAUGUUUAACAUGUUAAAGGAGGUUCAAACAACCUCUCUUAAUGUAACGGAAUCCUUGCUCUUCUUCAUCUCCGGACCAAAGACGAAGUCUGUUGGUUGGUCAUUAGUCUCCAAGCUGGUGCACCACAAAGCAGUAGCGUCCGCGGAUCAAACUGAUAGAAAUGAGUUUGCUGAAGUGGAUUCCGCAUUGAUAGGAUUUGUAGAACACAAGACAAGCAAAUCUGAUAACAUCAAGGUUGUGCAAAGCCAACUGGAGAACUUAGAGUUGUGCAUUCAAGAUCUUGAAGAAGGUCUCGAGUGCCUCUUCAGGCAUUUGAUCAAAACUAGAGUCUCCCUUCUCAACAUCCUAAAUCACUAGAGCCUGAACAAUUUUGAUCUACUCAUACUUGUACAGUAUUAAUGAAAUAUACAUGUAUUAUUCCGGAGACAUACAAUGAAUUCAGAUGAUGAAAAUCUUCCACUA